AUGGAUGAACUGCCUAUCUUGGAGAAUAAUUGGUCUGAUCAAGAGCUUGUGAUGAUUGUGUGUGCACUCAUUAAAAUGAACCGAAGUGAGACGGCAUUGAAAGUGUUGCGCAGUCAGAUUAAAGAACCUGACCUUGAUCGUCUAAACCGAGUUGCAGCGGCGAGUGCGCGAUUGGGCAAUGCACAGGUAGCACAGGGGGUACUGGCGAUCGUCCAUCACUUUAACCUGCAGCCUGACGUCGUCACUUUUACCAGCGUCAUUCACGCCUGUGCCCGUGGUGGCAAAUAUGACGUUCCAAUGGCUUUAAAUUUUCUGAACGAGAUGAUCGUAGCCGGUGUGGAGCCAAAUGUACGCACAUACGGCGCAGUUAUUCUCGCGUAUGCUCAGCUGGGAAGCUGGGAGGAUAUUAGAGACCUAUUGGACUCGAUCGUGUAUACGGACGAUGCGCACAAGAAGGAAGUGUUUACGUGCGCGAUUAUCUCAUGCUCACGCAAUCGCAAGCAUGACUACGCUUCCCGGCUCUUUGGGUUGCUCCUUGAGGAUGGUGUUUAUCCGGGUGAUAACGUCUGUAACGCCGCGCUCAGCUCCUGUGCACGGACGUCUGACCUGACACAGCUUCGUCGCAUUUUUAAGCUGGUCGAGCUUUAUGCAGCGCCCUCAACAUACUCGUACAAUUGCAUGAUCUCGGCAUUUGGUAAUGCUGGUCAAAUGGAUGAGGCGCUGCAGGUUUUCGAAAAAAUGCGGGACAGUAGUGUUUAUACGCCCGAUAUUGUCUCUUAUAAUUCGUUGCUAGUUGCUGCAGUGCGCUCUCGACAGGUAGAGAGGCUUCCCUUUAUCUUGUCACAAAUGGGUGAAGCUGGCUUGAAGUGGGAUGCAUACACACUGAGCAUACUGCUGCAGGGGUGUGCGGUGAAUGGCGACGUUAAGCUGGCCGAGCAGUAUUGGUUAGAGGCAACUCAAGAAAAAGCAGCAGACGCAAAUCAUCAUGUUGCUAAGCAUCGUGUUGCCCCCGAUCGUGCACAUUUUGAGACUCUUAUGAGUGUUUAUUACGCUGCGAAGGAUUACAAGGCUGUCGUAGAUUUGUGGCAGCAAAACAAGCUUUGCCGCCGUCGCGCCAAAAGCUCCAAGACUCUAAAUUUCUUGAUUCGCGCGUGCGUUUGUCUUAAGGAUGACAAAGCGGCGACGACGAUCCUGGCUGAGUUCGUUGACCGCGGACAGCCACUUUCCUCGAUCACGCAUCACCACAUGCUGGAAGUAUUUCUUUCUGCUGACAAGUAUACUGAUGCAUUGGCUUAUAUGCACAAGAUGAGGGAGGUGGAAGGCUUUGCAUCGAUUUUCUCGUUCACAUUGUUUAUGAAGUACCUGGCAAAGAAGAAUCGCCAUUCUGAUGUGCUAGCAAUGUUUGACUUGUACAUGGAAACUCGUGACGUUUCUUCAACAAAGCAGAAUCCGCUGCUUCAUUUUCCAACGGACGCAAUUUAUGUCUUGACAAUGCGAUCAGCAGUGGAGUUGCGAGAUCAUGAAACUGUGCUUUUCAUUUACGGUGAAUUGCCGACCACGGUGUCCAUUGCUGUUCGAACGGAACUUCUAGCGCUGGCCAUUGCAUCAUGUGAGCGUGAGGGAGACUGGCGCGCUGCAGUCACAAUGUAUGAUGAUAUGACCGGAAGGCUGGACAAGGACAUUAAUGUGGAGCUGUAUAAACAAGUCGUGAAGAUUGUUGCCAGUGCUGGAGAGUUUGACCGUGCCCUUGACGUCGGCGGUGGACAAUGGUACCGCCAGAAUCGACCUGAUCAAGGCUGGAGGCUUUGA